AUGUAUGACACGUUGUACAUUGAAGAGUCUCUUAGUAAAAUUAUUAGAAUGCUUGCGGACAUGAAUAUCCAGCUCAAGAGCAUCGACAAUCGUUUGACCUCUCUAGAAAAAAAAACCAAUCGCCAGCCACUUACGGAAGCAGAAACACGAUUCAACCUAAUAAAUACUUCGCUGCCGAUCAAAACUUUACAAGAAAUAACACUCUUCGAAGAUCUUAUCACGACUAACGAGAAUGCAGUUUUACAAUUUUACGUCAGUGGUCAUCUACCAAAAGAUAACAUAUACAGAGUGUUAACGAAAGUCUUUGACGACAGCUGCGCCAAACAAUGUUCAUGGAAGGGACGACGCAAUAAUUUUGCGGUCAUGAAAUUAAAAACCAUCAAUAUCAUAAAAGAUAUCAUAUGUUCAUCGCACGCAGGGGUGACGGACCUCGAUUUUGAAAGCCAUGGUGCCGAGUGGUUCCGUUUUGCCAAGCAGCGGAUUUCAAGGAAAGGAAAAAAUGGGCAAAAUCCAUAGUCUCAAACAUGUCCCAACUUAUAUAAUAUAAAAUAUAUGAGGCUGAUUAAAAAAAUCAACUUUUUUUUUUUAAAGCCCGCACUAAAAUAUCUUUAAAAUACUGAGAAAAGACGCCUGUAGAAAGAGCUCUUAAUUUUAAUAUUCAGAGGUCGCGCAUCGAAGAUUUCUAUCUUCCAUUUAAAUAACACAGGAAAACAAUUUUUUUUCAGAAUUUUCUAGCUCACAAACUAAUCAACGGAUUUUUAUGCGUGAUAAAUAUUUUAGUAAAAAAUUGAACGCUCUACAAAAAAUAUCUCUUAUGAUUUUUUGAUAAACCGAAGCGUUUGAAAGGUAUUCACGUUAAAAGUUAAAUUUAUGUCAUAAACUCAUAAUUGCAUUGUUUACUUUAAUUUCGGGCAAAUUCAUCAAAGGUAUCAUCAAAUUAAAAAAAAAUAGUUAUUCAAAAAAUCAAAAUCACUAGGUUCAAUAAGCCUUUCGAAUAAAAUUCUCUGAAACACCUAUCAUUUCUGGAAAAUGUUGAUCAAAAUCCUUUUUUAUGUAUUCAUCAAUAUUGACGAAAUUUUCAAAUCAUUUUCUACUAACAAUAAUGGACUUGUGUGUAAUAAUAAUUCAAAAUUUUCCACUCAAUAUUUUGUGUGAAAAAAAAUUACAUUUGAUGAAACCUUCAAUAAAGUUGCCUAAAAUUAAAGUAAAAAAAUGCAAUGAUGACAUAAAUUCAACUUUCAGCUUGAAUAACUUUCAAACGCUUUGGUUGAUCAAAAAAUCAUGAGAAACAUUUUUUGUACAGCGUUCAAUUUGUUACAAAAAUAUUCAUCGCGCAUAUAAAUCCGUUGAUUGUAUUGUGAGCUAGAAAAUUUGGAACUAAAAAA